AUGGGGGGUAGACCAUUGAUCAUAUACCUCACCAUCCUCGAAGGAUCCAUGGGAUGUGUCCUUGGCCAACACGAUGAGACUGGUAGAAAGGAACACGUAAUAUACUACUUAAGCAAGAAAUUCACUGAUUGCGAGAGUAGAUAUUUGAUGCUUGAAAAGACUUCCUGCGCACUAGCUCGGGAUGCCAAAUGCUUGAGGCAGUACAUGCUCACCCAAACAACACUGUUAAUCUCCAAGAUGGACCCUGUCAAAUACAUCUUUGAGACGCCUGCUCUAACCGGUAGGGUAGCUCGAUGGAAAAUGGAUUUAACCGAGUAUGACAUCCAACAUGUCCCUCAAAAGGUCAUCAAAGGGAGUGUAUUGUCCGACUAUCUUGCACAUCAUCCCUUGGAAGACUACCAGUCUAUGCGCUUCGAAUUCCCCGAUGAGGAUAUUAUGUUGAUUAGGGAUUGCAACAUCCUCGACCCCGAGGAAGGACCCGAGCCUGGAUCCCGAUGGACCUUGGUUUUUGAUGGAGCUUCUAAUGCUCAUGGCAAUGGCAUUGAGGCUGUUAUUACCUCCCCAACGAGUUUUCACCUCCCCUUCACCGUAAGGUUGUGUUUUGAAUGUACAAACAAUAUGGCAGAGCACGAGGCGUGUAUCUUCGGUAUUGAAGCUGCAAUUAAUCUUAGGAUCAAAAUCCUUAAAGUCUAUGGAGAUUUAUCCUUGGUCAUUAGCCAAGUUAAAGGAGAUUAUGAUACUAGAGAUCACAAACUCAUCCCUUACAAGGAGCAUGUAUUGAAAUUGAUCCCAUACUUUGAUGAGAUCACAUUCCAUCACAUCCCUCAAGAAUAUAAUCAACUAGCUAAUGCCCUGGAAACUUUGGCAUCCAUGUUUAAUGUCAAGUGGAAGAAUGAAGCGCCAUCCUUUUGCCUCAACUACUUGGACGAGCCUUUUUACUGUUUGGCGGCCGAAGACGAAGCUGUCGAUUAUCCUUGA